UCCGAUAGAAGUGAGCGUUUUUCUUCUCUCGUGUGGCUUUCGUACGCGUGCCUCUUUCAAGCGCAUAUUUUCCGGAUUUUCCUCCUACUUAUCGACUGUGUUGUUGUCACAAUCGUGGUUUCGGUUAGUUUCCACCUUUCGGCACCCAUUGUUUUGUGCGUGCAGAGUCCGCGAGGAUCCGCGAGUGUGUAUGUGUGUCUGUGUGUUUCUGCGUGUCACCUACACUCAACAGGCGACCGAAUUUCUCGAUCAGGAUUCGGAUCGGGUGGGAUAAAGGGAGAACGGUGAUCCCGGUAGUGAAAUAUCAAGUGCCGUGGUGUGAUAAGCGGCACAUUUUUUUUUUAGCCAUCAACCCUCGCCAGGAGCAGCGGAAGCAACGAAAGCGACGUCUGCGGUCAAAUAUUGGGCAAAUGCACGCCAAUUGUGUGUGUGUGUGUACAGAGAGGUGCAAGCGAGAAAUAAAACAUAACGUAAUCGAAUGAAGUAUUCGUGAAAAUAAAACAAAAAAUAAGCAGGAAGAAAUCUCCAUUCCCGAAACGGGAGAAAAAGUGAAAGGGAAAAGAAGUGCAACGAAGAGAUAAAAAAAAGUGCCCGACAAAGAAUGUAAAAGUUGGAAACAAUCAAAGUUGAAGUUGUAAGUGAUUCCAUAAGAAGACUGCUGCUGCUGGGUGCAGUUGGUGGGUUUUUUUCCCGGCAUGUGCUCUCGCUCUUUCGCGCGAAAAUAAAACCAAACGAGUGAUUCAUAAAAAAACGAGUAUCAAAAAACACUUGUUUUUCUUCCCUUUUUGGGGGUGCACAGGAAAAUAAAAUAUAUGCGUGUACAGCGAGAAGGAAAGAAAUAUAUCGAGAGUUACACACGAAAUAAGGAGCUUACGUGAAGGUGUGAGCCAUAAAGCAGCGAGUAUCCAGAAAUUUAUGAAAAAAAAGCAGUCAAAUCAGCCGAGUCCCCUGCCGUGUUGUGGACAUUUUUUGUACGUGUGUCAAUGUCUGUCAGUGAUUUUUUGGUGCGCUAAAAAGUGUGUGUGUGUGAGUGAGUGCGUAUUGCGUUGAAAUAACGUCAAGUAGCGAUCGAAUGAUUGCGUAAGUUCGUGAGUCGAACUAAUGUGAUUGAACAACACCAGUUUUCCCCAAGUGUCUUGAGGUCCUUGGUGCCGUUUCGCGGGAAGAAAAGAAAGCCGAUUUUACCGCCCGAAUAGUUAAGCGAUUGUGGUUGAAGAAUCGAAAGGCAUCCAGAGUUGGUUUUCGCUGAGAAGGAAAAAAAAAGAUCCCUCCACCGGUCUGUUUAGUUUUGCUUGGAGGGAAAAUCCAGCGUCCCGCAAUCGGAAGACGCAGGAGAAAGUGUUGUUACGUGAUCAAAGCUAAUAAAUUGGAAAUUGAUUUUUUACCCCUGUUCAAACCAAAGUGCUAAUGUAAUACACCUCAUCUAGAGGGCAGUAGCGAAGUGUGUGCGUGUGUGUAAUCAUCGGUGCGACUUCUCGUGUUCGAAGAAUAGCAGAAAAUUUCUAAUCCGCCAAGGGACGGUUUGAAAAUAUAUCAGUUGAUCCGGCAAAUCACGUCGGAGUGGGUGGCCUUGCGUUGAGGCUAAUACUUCGAUUGCCUAGCUUCAACUUUACACCAUCAAAACGUCUUCAGAAAAGCCGCCCUCUCGGUCACAAUCACACAGUUCUCAUGGGCCACCGUGGCGCAAAAUUGCCGCCGCGAUGUCCACACUCACUAGCAGUACUAGCAAUAACAACAACAACAACCUUAUCAUCAACGCGUCCUCGCCACUUACGACAACGUCGUCCAGUCUUAACAACAACAACAACAAUAACAACAGCAGCAACACGAUUAACAACAAUAACAACAACAUCAGCCCAAAUACCCCAGUGUCAAACACAGCGACGCUCCACCAUCACCACCCCCAUCAAAGUGCGCUUGCUUCCGGUGUUAGCAGUGCGAAAAGAUUGCUUCCGUUCGCCCGUAGCAUGUCGUCGUCGAACGGCGGAAAUACCGCGGCCGGUUCGGGCGCCGCUUCGGCGGGUGGUGCUGCGGUCGGGUCCAGCAGCAUCGCGGCCGGUCUAAUUCCCGCCGAGUUGAAUGUGGUCCUGCAUGGGUACCACCGGAAGCUGAAGACCAACAAGAAGAAGUACUUUGUGGUGUACGACGACACGCCGGACAAGAAAGCCCGGCUCGAGUACUUCGACAGUGAGAAGAAGUUCAAACAGUCCUGGCUGAAGAACAGCUCGGUGCAAGCCAAGCGAAGCAUAGUGUUGCGCAGUUGUUUCAACAUAAACAAACGGCACGACACCAAGAAGCACGUGAUUGCGCUGUACACCAAGGACGAUUGUUUCUGUAUUGUGUUCGACAGCGAGGAUGAGCUGAACCGAUGGCUGCGGACGCUGCUAUCGCUGCAGCGUGGCGAGGAGUCCGAGGGCGAACCUCCGAGACCCACUUUCGAACAUGUUUGGGAUGUGUUCGUUCAGCGGAAAGGACUGGGCGAUAGCUACGGGAUACUGGGCAACUACCGCCUCUGCAUCACGGACAAAACCCUGUCGCUGGUACGCAUCGGACCCGCCGUGACUUCCACCGGGGACGACCGGGUUGAAAUUGUGGAAUUUUCGCUAGCAUCGAUUCGCAGAUGCGGCGCCUCCCAGCGCUACUUCUAUCUUGAGGUUGGCCGCAGCUCGAAGACCGGUGCCGGGGAGAUAUGGAUGGAAGCCCAGGAUGCCAUCAUCGCCCACAACAUGCACACAACGAUUAUGAAAUCCGCCAAAAGCAAGGACGGUGACAGCCUUGGACCCAUCCAGCGGAACCGUUCCUCGUCGGCGAAUGCAGCCUCCAAGCCAACCCAGAUGCUAGUGCGCCGCCAGACGCACACCGGCCAGAAACCGAUCAACUGUUCGCCCUCUGGUGAAGAUAAAAGUUCCCUACAUGCAUCCCAUGCACAGAGUUCUGAGUCUUCCUCGUCGGCCACUAGCACUAAAACAGUAGUUAUGGUCCCACAAAAUCCAAAUUCCAGUCAAAAUUUGAAAGCCAAUCAAAACCAACAAGUAAAUCUGGAUAAGCUAUGCACACCUGUUACCUCUAGUCCUGCUAGUACGAGUCACCAUCCAGUUGCCGGUCGAAGCCAGACGAUGGGUGGAUCCCCCGGCGGCCCUAUCCUACCACCUUCCCACCACUGCCCUUCCUAUCCAUCGCCAACCCCAUCCUACUGCAAGAGUUCCAUCAAAAAGCCCAAACUUGAUCCACCCCAGGAGGAAGAAGGUAGUGCAUCUUCCCCCUCCUCGUACGCCUCAAUCCGCCAACCGAUAGCCGCCGGGGUGGCUUCCACUCAACCGGUGAAGCUGGCCCAACCCACUGGAGUCCCUGUAGGUGUUGGUGUCGCUGGAACGCUCCCAUCCGCCAGCACUGCCAGUGUGUGUACUAGCGCAUCCGGCAGCACAACCAUCACAACCACUGAGUUUCCGUCUCCGACUGAUCAUGUUACAUCCGCAGUGAUAUUCCAUCAAAGAGCUUUAUCAUUACCAAGCGCCACCCCCAUGCUAAGCCAUUCUCCCCAUAGCAAUUCGACCACCCACCACCACCUGGCGACGCAAAAGUCCUCCCAGGGCGUUGUAGACAGUAGUAGCAAUGUUAGUAGCAAUCCUAGUUUUAACGGCCAAACCGGUGGUUUCUUCGGCAAGUAUGCCACCGGCGGAAUCCUGGUCAGUUCGAUUCAACCCGUCCACCACCGAACCCGCUCACUUCCGCUCACGGAGGAAAGUGCAAUACGUGUCACGAACAAUAGUCUUCCCGUUGGGCCGCAGCAGCACCACUACCAGCAAGUGGCUAAUCGCAAACAUCAGCAAUCGUUCAGCUUACCGAUUGCAUCGCUCAAAUGCACCUGUCCGUCUACUGGCGGCGGGCCACCACCGGUCGGACUCGUCGGAAGUAAAACAAAUCAUCAUAAUUUAUGCUCGCAGCACGGCGGUGGCACUGCAACGACAGCCACUCUAGCAGCUGUCCCGACGUCAUCCACUCCGCAGGACUAUGAGAAUAUGAAUAAAUCAUGCUCGUAUCUGCCGUCCUCGUCUCCCCCUAUGGGACAUCAGAAUGACCAGCAGCAUUACUACAGCAAUCAUUCUUUCGAAGCGGCCGAUAACAAUCAACCGGCAAUCGCAACGCCGUCUCGCAGCUCAAUGGAGAGCAUAAUCGAAGAUCAAAAAUAUCUCCCGAUGGACAUGAAAAAGCCCCCCAAUCAACCGGACGACAAGGAGCCGGCGAGCAUCAAUCCUAACCUCCAAUUUAUCAGUCGAUUGCUGCGGAGCACGAACCUCCAAACGGCCAACAAUAGCAAGCUCUCGGCGCUGAAAAUGGCCACCGCCAGCAUCCAAGCCUUCAGUAGUAGUAAUAGUAGUAUCGGUAGCGUCACCAACAAUAGCAGCAACAGUAUCACCGCAAUCGCUUCCGGUGGCGGUGUCAAUCACUCGUACGGUAGCAAUAGUGGCGGCUCCCUGUCGAAGAGUAGCACUUCCGGCUCGCCCCCGGCCACAUUACAGCGCCGCAGUGGUCGCAACAGUGCUAAAUCGAGGCGGAGCGCAGCCAUCGCACGCGAACGCUGUGACAGUCUUCCAUCGCGCAACAGAACGACCAGUGAAACCAGUGGCCACCAACAGCAGCUGAUCAUGAACAGCGGUGGAAUGCCUCCACCCAGGACAAUUCCAUCGGGCAGCUUCACCCGACCCCAAUCGAUGGUCGUAAGCCGGCAGAGCCACAGCCAUAGUCCGCCGGUGUAUUCAUCUCCGCUGAGUCCACCCUCGACCGGUAUCUACACCGGCAGUGACGGUUCCUCACUCAGCAUCGACGAGACGGACAGUUUCGUCGGUUCGCUCACACCGGACGAGGGCAAUGGCUUUUCUAAGGUCAUUAACACUCUCAAUUCGGGCUGUUCCAUUCCGGAGGAGAAUUCAGAAGAAUAUAUCCACAACUAUGGCCGUAUCAACCAGCGGCCGUUCACGCAGCACCGCACCAUCGAUGAGUUUAGUGGUCAUAUGAGGCACAGUUACAAUCCACAUUCUUUUCCUUACGGUUCGAUCGAAAACCAAAAUGUUCUCAAAUCGAAACAGCUAAGGCACAGUUAUAACUCACUAUCGCUUCCAAUAUCGCAGGCGAUCAGAAGAGGCAGUCCAGCACCGCCAACCCACGUGGCCGGCUCGGCCGAAGGCAGUGGCAAUUACAUGGAGAUGUGCAGUCCAUGCGGUAGCUCACCGGGCGAUCCGUCCGGCAACGGAGGCUACAUACCGAUGUCUCCAAUUACGGACUUCCCCCGAGGUUUAUACACGGCUAGCUCGAGUGCACAUUCGCGUGCUUCCAGCCUGGCGGAAGACACCGUCGACGGUUACGUUCCUAUGGCGGCGCCAUCCCACACGGAGGAGUAUGUGGACAUGGAGCCAUCCAACACUAGCAACAAUCGCACCACGGGACCAACGGCGGUACCGAGUGGAGGUGCAGGUGGUCCAGGCGGAGGCGCUAACAGCAACAUAAGUUCGGCCGCUUCCAGUUGCAGUAUAAUCUCGGGAACGCCUUCCACUGAUAUGCGCUUCUCAGAGUAUCACUUGGAGAAAGUUGUGGCGAGAUUCACUCCGAGCGAGGACGACGAAAUGGAUCGGCCUCUGCGGACAUACUCGGUCGGUAGCCGGUUGGAGCAUAAUAAGCGCAAGCUACGUGUCGAUAUGCUCAGCUCGGAGGGGGCUUCCAACUCGCGGGUGCGUGCUUUCUCGGUUGGAUCACGUGCCAAGGUACCUCGAUCGGAUCUGUACAAAGGAAGCGGCGGGGCUCCCAUAACGGCACCGUUGCUAUCAGCCGGUAGCUCCGGCAGUAUACAGGAAAGUACCAGCAACAGUGGUAGCAUUACGAACACUGCGAUCGGAGUGAACGUGGCAUCUUCCACUGCGAGCGCUUGCAGUGGAAGCUCCUGUAAGGUUGGCAAAAAGUCUUCAAGUGCACCAGUGCUGCCAAUCAAAUCACAUGGAUCAUUCGAUCCGAUGGAUGACCUAAUGGAGAUUGAUUUCGGAACACAAUUCCAAGGCGAGCAGGAGGUGAGCAGUAGUACUCCGCAGAAAUCUCUCGGCAUGAACGACUAUAUGGAGAUGACUGCCAGCGGCGGUUGUGGUGGUGAUGGUGACAGCCGAAACAGUGGCUAUGUUGAAAUGAAACCUGGCCAUAUUACCUAUUCGACGAACACCAGUCUCCACGAGGAAAGCGAUUACCUCGAUAUGAGACCGGGAACGAGACUCGAAACAAAUCUGUCGACGAAAAGCACAAGCUCUCCAAUUCAAAUUACGUCGCCGAAAAAAUUCAACAACGGUAGUAAUAGUGGCGGCAACAGUAACAAUAGCUACCCCCAGUUGUCCCCUCGCAGCAUUACCGGAGGGACAAUGGCUUCGUCUUCCUCAUCACAACUCCACAAGACAAAAGUAUGCUCUGAAGAUUACCUGAAUGUAAGUCCACUGAUGGUAGCUAGUGCAGGGGGUGACAGCGGCAACGAGGACAAAAUGAUGCACGAAGAGGACGAAAUAGUUGCACCCAGCAGUGCUCCCGAGGGUUACAUGGAGAUGUCCUGGAAGCAAACCAAGUCUAGUCACAAGCCCGAAGGUUCUAUGCAAGCAUCCGACGAGUACAUCAAUAUGGACUUUUCGCGCAAAGAAGGCAGCAGAAUUUCAGCGGGAAUCGAACCGCGACAAAGUUCACAACCUAUCGCAAUUCAAACGGGAGGCAAUAAUCGGGCUUUGUCAGGAGACCUAAUGGAUCCGAAAAUGGGCGGCGCCCUGUCGAAUAUUCCAAAUUAUCUUCCCCUCAAUCCAGCGGUUCAACAACGACACCCGGCUGCAGCACAGAUUGGUUACAAUCUCGAGCAGAACACUGUGAGGACGCGGUGUGAUUCACGAGACAGUGGCAUCGUUACACCGUCAGGCAGUCAAGCGACAAUAUUCCCAUUUAGUCCGGGCAGCCCAAUCAAAUCCUUCCCUAUGACGACCGAAUCAAGUUCCGAGGAGCGUAAAUGUUACGUAGACGGAACGACGGGUACGUUGCGUAUCAGUGAAAUGGACGAAGAGAACAGCGAAGAGUCGAGUGAAUUCCAGGACAUGAAUCAAGAGCAACACUCCAAAGACCCGGAAAACACAAAAUUGGAAGAUUUAAGUCACAACUACGCGGAGUUGAGUUUAGGUCAACAACAACAGCAGCAGCAGCAACAACAAAAAGCUGAGAACAGCCAUCCAAGUUGCUUCGACAAUACCAAACGUGCGAAUCUGAGUUUGAUACUGACACCAUCCACUAACACCAGAACAACACCGACGGUUACGGCUAUGAAGUCUAUCAUAGAGUAUCCAGAUUACGUCAACUGUAGCCCAGCAACUACUCCAGUUGCACAGAAGCCUUCAACCCCAACGGCAGUGGUGGCAGCAUCCGCAGUAUUUGAUCAAGCUGGAGACUACGCAAUCAUGAACCCCGCUAGCCUGAGGAAGUUAUCCAGCACUUCCCAGUCGGAACUACCAACCUCCGACGCUGGAUUGCCUCCAUUGACGCGAAAAUCCAACCUCAUCGGCUUCAAGCCGAUAACCUCAAGUCAGGACGAAGCGCUGCUGAAAAAAUCCAGCGCAGCCUCUCCGAAGCCCACUUUCAGCCGACAGUACUCAGAGCGACGCACCGGAAUGUCCAGCUCUGACACGUCCGGUUAUGAGAUCCUCCAGCGCACGUCCCACUCACGACCGAACAGCGUCAACAGCGAGAAGAUCGGCGGUAAAUGUUUACCCUCGGUCAGUUCGACCACUCGGCCAAACUCGGCCAACAGCGACCGGCUUCCCAUCAUAUCAGCUACCUCAUCAUCCGCUUCAUCGGCCUCAACGCUAUGCGAAAGCAAGAACCAGAGCCCAACAGCCUCAAGCACCAUGAUUGCGAUGGCGGCAGGCGCAGCAAAUCGCCUCGAAUCCGCAGCCUCGCUUACCAACCCAUCCGUCAUCUCACGGCCCCCCUCGGUCAGCUCGGAACGUGAACUACACUACGCAAGUCUCGAUCUUCCACCAUGUGGCACAGCUUCCACUGCAGCAACAGGAACAACCUCAUCCAACCGCAUGGAUAUCGAUUCGGACAGUAGCGCUCCACCAUCCGCAUCCGCCACGAGCCGCAUUGGAGAGCCAGACUCCCUGAAUUCCACCCCCAGUCCGAACUCCGGGUGCACCUCGCAACAACAGACUGGAUCUGCCUUCACGUAUGCUCAAAUCGAUUUUGUCCGCUUAGUUGCCCAGUCGGGUGGCAAUCAAGCGCCCAAACAGACCCCAACCAAAAGUGACCAACAACCGUAAGACGAAGAAGAGGAAGAAAACAAAAAAAAACACAAGAAAACGAAGAGCACACAUGCGCCCAGACACACUGAUACUGCCAACCCGAAACAACAGAAGAUCCCCUCCUUCGUUCGUAAGUAUAGCAGUUAAGUCCUUCUCUACACCCCCUGCGAAAUCGCGAAACGGACAGUUCGUGGAAGAAAAAGUGUAAAUAUACAUUACGUGAGCUUCCUCCACCCCGCUCCCAUCCUCUGUAUAACGCCUCAAACCCAACAACCCGUGUGGGAUGAGUUCGACCAUCCGCACGAGUGAAAAAAAAAUUAUGGGAGGGAUAGAGGAUAUCCACCCGUGUUUUGAUCGGGAUCGGCGGCUAGUAGAGUGCGGCUAGAGUGCAGUGUUCGCAAGUUCUGUUCGUUUUGUUUCGAGUUAGUGGCCUGAAGCGCAUACGUAAUUGAAAGCAAAAUAUUCCAAAAAAAAAAGAAGAAAAAAAAACAACAAAAAACAUCCCCAAUGCAAACAAACAAGAGAUAUGAGAUGAAAAUUGAAAUGCCAAAAUAAGCUUUACACGAUUAUAUUAUGUUUUUUGUUUUGUUUUUGUUUGUUCACACUCAUCAGGAAAUAAGAGAGAAUUACACGACUAGAGAUGAGCGAGAGAAAGAACGAGAGAGAGAAAGAGAAAGAGCGAGAAAAAGAAAGGGAAAAUACACACAUACACAGAAAAUUGCCUAGAGAGUAAGUAAAUUAAUUGAGGAUAAGCGUAAGGUUAGGCUAAUGUAGAGUGAAAGAAAACUUUAUUUUUUAUCGAAAAAAUCAACUUUUUAGCACAUAAGAGCAUAGAGUUAGGUGAAAAAGUAUAACUUAUACAUAUUUAAGUUGAAGAAGCAAAAAGGUGGAAAAAUAUAGAAAAAUAUCUAUACACUAAUUUAAGACAAAAAAAACGUAGCGAGAUAAGGUUGCGACCUUUAAACUAUUCAUAUUCAUAUAUACAGAAGUGGAAGAUACACAUAAACCAUACCUACACAAAAAAAACACACACACAGCUGAAUCAGAGAGACAGAGUGAAUAACGUUUUUUUUUCUUGCAAAGUAGUUAAAACAAGAACAAAGGAAUCAACUCUAGGGAUACGUUUAAGUAUAGAACCGGAAUGAUCCUGUGCGCAGAUCGCAAAUACCCCUCGCGUAAGAAGAAGAAAAAACAAAUACUGUAUUUUGUGUACGUUUAUUACUGUGGCAGAUGGAGAGCAGGUAUAUAUAGUUAAAAUAUACAUGUUUUAGUUACAAAAUUUACUUAGUUCCGUAAGAAGAAAGUAGGAUGGAUAAACACACGAGCAGUGACAGAAUUUUUGUCUGUGUAAACACAAUCAAAUUACCACAGUUGUUGUUGAGGGAACGCUUAACACAGAGGAGCACUGCGUGCGCUAGUUUGUAAGGCUAAAAACGGCUUCAUGGCUCGCACGGAAGGAGGUGAACAAACGUUGUUUUCUUCGGUACCCACAUUCUCGGUGGCGAAACGACCUUCGCUGCUCCAUUAAAUAUGUUUAGCACAAAGUUUGAACUAUUCAACAGAGAUAAAAAAAUACCCCGAUUGAGCUUUGCCUAUGUCUGAUUCGCGUUUAUUUCAAUACUUUCUGUUGUGAGGCGUAGUUUGCGUAACCUACGUGAAAACAAAAAUGCAUGCAUUUGCGCUGCUUGCAAUUAGUUAAUGUUUAAUAGUUUCAUUUUUCUUUUUAUUCGCGUUGUAUUCUUUUUUGUUGGCUCAACUUGAUUACCUUAUUUACUGACUUUUGUUUGGAAUGUUAACUGAAUUGGGUUGAUGAUCGAUCUAGACAUCUGAACCCGAAGCUGUAUUAUACCUUACCACGACUGUCACUCUUACGAUCGAGAAAAUGUUUUAAAAACAGGUGCUACAAACCGCGAAUCGGGGCGACCCUUGCGGAUAUUUUUUCAGAUUGGGAUUUAAAGCUAGCUAUCGAUUCUGUCACGGAGAAUGUCUCAAGUUAUGGCUAUAUUGUAAAGGGUGUCCCACAUCAAAUUGCAUCACGGAAAAAACGCUGUAGGAAAUUACCUAGUUGACCGAUCCUUGUCAAACUUUCAGACAAUAAAAUAUAACCCAUCAGUAAGCUUUUGGCACGUUUAUUCCAUUCAACUUCAAUACCAUAACCGUAUGAUUGCACCUUACGCUCAACUCCAUUCAUAAGGUUCUGUACAACAUCUGGCUGCAGCUUCUUCUGUAUGGAAACCCACUCUUUCUUCAUGUCUUCCUCAGAUUUGACCUCCUUGGGAUGCUUCCGUAGUGCCUGCAUCAUAAUAGCCCUGUAUUUUUGAUGGACUGGGGAGAGGGGAGGGGCCCGGGGGGAUUUCAUGUCCUGAGUUACAAAAGUGACCCCGUUGAUUUCGUGCCACUCCAGGACACCCUUUGAAUAGUGGCACGAAGCUAGUUCCGACCAGAAGAUUGUAGGGCCCUCGUGUUGCUUCAACAGAGGAAGCAGACGCAUCUGUAGACUCUCGUUGAGGUAGAUCAGCCCGUUUACGGUCCCGGUACUCACGAACGGCGCAUUCCGUUUGCCACGUUUGCCAAAUCGCUUACCAAAUCAUGACAAACAAAUGACAAACUUGUACUGGGAGGUAAAGAACAGUAGCCCCGGAAGCAGACGGAAGUUCGUCUUGACUUCCAUGAUGAGACAAUGAGGCUUCGUCAGCAUCUGGGUGUACAGUUUCCGGGCCCGUGAUUUUCUCACCACAUUUUGCCGUUCGUCGCGAUUUGGUGCCUUCUGCACUUUGUACGUAUGCAAUUCCUCCCGGUCAUUGGCUCACUGAACGAAGGACUUGAACAGAAUCAAAUUUUUGGCCACAUCCCUGACCGAAGCAUUGGGAUUCCGCUUAAAAGCUUUCAUGACACGCUUGUGAUCCUGAUCACAGACCGUAUUCCUCCCUCUGUUCGAUGCUCAGGGUUUCGUAGUAACUUUUAAUCACACGACUCACCGUUGGCUGCACGAUUCCGAGUUUUUUCCGAUAUCCCGAUGAGAGAAUGAAGAUUUUCCAGGUUCUAGCGCAAAAUCAAUUCGCGACGCCAUUUUUCACAAUUGUCGAAAAACUGACAGCGAUUAAAAUACAGUGUAAACAAUGAACUCUAAACUUAUUCUAGCCAAAUUUUUACGAGAAAAUACCUCAUGGGGAAUUUUUUAACCGUGAUGCAAUUUGAUGAGGAACACCCAUCACCUUGACUAUAUUAAUCCAAAUUCCCAAAUUCCAAAGCAAUCUGUUAACAUGUGGGGAAAUCAGGGUAAAACAAACACCCUAAGGUUUUCCACAUAUUUUCAAGAACUCAUACGUAUCUUUGACUUCAAAUCAACAGAACCUCUCUUAAACUUUUCAUGCAGAACGUGUUGAUAUUUAUCGAAUAGAACUCAAAUUUUGAUACAAUACAAAAAGUUGUGUUUUUAGGGAAACAAAGGGUAAAACCGAUACCCUGAUAGAACACUAAUGAAAACUUGUAACGAUAAUUUCAAGGCACUGAGAUGAUAUCCAUAUACUAUGUGGACACUUCAAUAGGAGAGAGGAGGAAUAGUGGCGAAUGAUACGUAAUUGGUUUGCACAUAUUAGAUUGGGGAAAAAGAAAUCCAUUAUUUUCUCGGUAAAUGAUUAUUUGUCGAUAUAUCGAAAACCAUUGAUCAAUCAAUUUCAAGUUUAUGCUCGUUGUCAAGAUGACAUUUACUGAGGAAAAUUCUUUUACUGUUUUUUGCGUGUUCCAUUCAGUUGUGAAUUACAGGAUGUUAACAAUGGAAGCCGACAAAGAGAAAAUUCGGUACAUUUUACUGUGUUUCUUUGAUAAAGUUAUGAGUUGCUCCCGUAUGAUCAAACACUAAAUUCAGAUCUCUACUGUCAACAGCAACAAUGUUUUUUAUUAUUGUAGAAUCAUAAUUGAUUGAUGAUUCAUUCUUGGUAUUGUCUCAGUGGUAUCGCACCUCUAGACAUCGUUUGUACAACGUAAACCAACCAGCGUCACACACGCGUUCAGCAUAGCAUUCAUACCGAGAAAAAAAUACUUCAUUUUGCCCUAAUCUCAAAAGAAUACUGUUGAUAUUACUAUUGCUCGAAAAAAGUUGUAUUACUUUCUCAUGCUCGAGAUAAGUGCAACUGUUAUCUUUAGUGUAAAAAGUUUUGCUACUGGCAAACGACAUCCAAUCACAUGGAAAAUUCUAGAACGAUAUUUACUUUCUUGGUGACGAAACAAAUUCUGUCUGUUAAUCUCAAUAACCUCGAAAAGAGUUACAUUGCUUCAUUAUGAUCAAGACAAGCGCAAACGCAAUCCUUGUUGAAGGCAGUUUUGCGAUUGGCACAAACCCAAAAACGAACCCAAAUAACUCACAACGUUCAAACACAACAUUCACUAUGUUGUAGCUUGAUGUUCUUCAAAUAAUUAUGUGCCGACGAAUCCCUCAUGAUGACGGAAAACAUGCGGUGUGAACUGUUAACAUUAAUUCAUACCCUAGCGCAAAUAUUCCUCUUUCAUUAUCCAUCAUAGCAUCAAAAUAUUAGGUGAUUGUCGCAUCACGACAGGGCCAAGGCACACGGGAGCAGAUACAAAUGGGGUUUCAGCGUAGCGAAGAUGUGAUAUUUGUACAUACGGAUUAUGAAGCUCGCACGUGCGUACGCAAAGCCAUAUACGAUGGCAUGAAGCAACUAAAUAUACACACACUGAUCUCCGCUUUGCACUCUCCUCUACAGAAGCCCUUUCUGGUAUCGAUUAGCUCAGCUUUCAUCCUUGGUGGAGAUAGUUUUGCUACCGUCAUCCGAAACCAAAUCACACAAAAAAAUCCUGAACAAUUAUUCUCUUGGUGAGCCGAUGAUAGCCUAGUUUGAUUAUGCUCCACACAAUUGUGUAGUUCAGAACCUCAAUGGAAUGGCGUCAGUUUGAUGUAAUGAUUGCACUGCCAGAGACAUCAGCGAUUAAGUAAUUUUGUCGCGUCCACAGCUCAAUCCGAAAUGAAGACAUGUGAUGACGCAAAACAACGAUAAACAACCGAUGUUCAAUGCUUCAUAUCUAGAACGAUACUGAAAGUUUACCUCAACGAAAUCCAAUAUUUAUGCUCUAGGCAAAUAUUCCCCUUCGUUCUUAAUCUUCUUCUUUUUUUGUUCAUGAAGAUUGUAAAACAUUCCCCUUCGAUGUUCGCCGAUAAGUUGCUCGUUAUUGACGACACCGGUAGGGAAGCUCCCAAAUGAAGUCCCCCUUUCCCCAAACGUAACGAUUUGGCACCCUCUGUACCAUGGUUUUUGCGGAACUGUUACCAGAAAUUCUAACAAUAUGUCUGACCCAUCGCACACUCCAGGCUUGACGAUAUUCUAGAAACGAUGCGAUGCGGUAGCCAUGCGCCAAUUCGUUGGUCAUUCUCUUACUCCAUGCUCUGUAUUGGGUCGUGAGACAUUGUGAACAUUUGAUUUCCAGGAACGACUCCUCGAACAUCGUCCACGCAUUACGCUCUUUUUUAUAUAUAAUGAUACUACAUCCCAUUGAGGGAUUAGAUCUUCUUCACAAUUUUUCGCCAAUAAACCCGGUCCAUGGCUGCAGUUCUCCAACUCCCGACCGCAUCGAUUCUUGACAAGUCCUGCUCCUCCUGGUCCAACCACCUCGCUCGCUGGGCUCCUUUCCUUCUUGUUCCUACCGGAUUCGAUGCGACCACCAUCUUUGCAGGGCUGCUGUCCGGCAAUCUUGCAACAUGCCCUGCCCAUCGCACUCGUCCAGCCUUGGCGACUUUCUGGAUGCUGGGUUUGCCGUAAAGUUACGCCAGUUCGUGGAUCAUUCUCCUUCUAUAUAGUCCGUUUUCCUGUAUACCACCGUAUAUUGUUCUGAGCACUCGGCGUUCGAAAACACAAAGUGCUUGUAAGUCCUCUUUUUUGUCAGCUUUCGGGGAAAGCCGUGUUCGUCCAUGAUUCUCCAUAGCUGUCGUCGGUUGAUUUUAUCAUAUGCAAAUGCUUCAAUUCAACGAAGAUAGAGACUUGAUACUCGUGGUACUUUUGGAAGAUCUACCGCAGUGUAAAAAUCUGUUCCGUCGUCGAGCAACCGGGCAUGAGUCCAGCCUGAUAACCUUCCACUUACUAUUGGCAAUAGACGGCGAAAGAGGAUCUGAGACAGAAUUUUGUAGGCACCAUUGUACCAUUGUACCUUGUACCUCGUUUCGACAAAAUUCGAAAUCAAGUCGAAUUGGUUCCAGUAUUAUGUAUUUUUUUCAAGUUAAUAUUUUCAGUGUACUAGAUUUAGAGCAAAAUUUGUCUCGUAGAGAAAUGUAAAAUUUUUGGGUUCGUAAACAAAGCUAAGUCAAAGUGGUCGAAACGAACAAAAAUUACUCGUUUCGAAAUGCGCAAUGUCACCCCAGCUUGUCAUCUUUUUUAUAGAUAGGACAGAUUACCCCGUUCUUCCACUCCUCCGGAAGCUAUUCUGUGACCUAGAUCCUGACUAUCAAUCGGUGCAUAUACUCUACAAAUUUU